AUGUUGCAAGAUUCGCCUUCAGACCGGCCACAGAUCGCCUCGAAGCAAGAUCUCACAGAUCUCUGCGAGGUUGAAGACAUUGACACAGGAUCUGUAUUACGCACGACAUUCUCGUUCGUCGAUACCUACAAUAGCGCCUGGUUCGGCCAGGUCUCCGGAGUUCGAAAGUAUGACUUGACAGUGGAGGACUUGAGAGAGAACCUUCGUCGGAUAUCCGACGAAGUCAUCUAUCCGGAAAUGACAGCUGGCUUGACAAUUGUUGCGGACGAUAAUGAUAUGAAGCGAUACUAUAUCAAACGGCCCAAGCUCCUUUGCCUUGACGAUCUAGAAGAAACUAAACUGCUCCCAAGGAUGCUUGUCGAAGAAGCUCAAGUCUUAGAGAUCCUCAAGCCUUACGGGCACAGAAAUUUGGGCCGGAUUGCUGGUAUCGCUUUGCAGAAAUACGAUAUCAUAUUACAAUAUAGAUUCGACGAUGAUCCGCGAGCAUUUGACGUUACUGCUUGCAUGAGCGGUAUUAGAGCGGGAAUUGAGCAACUCCAUUCUCUGGGACUUGCGCAUAAUGAUCUUAACCCUCUGAACAUAGCUAUGGACCAAGACGACCAGCCUAUUAUCCUUGAUUUUGGGUCUUGCAGAAAGUUUGGAGAGGCGCUACUAUCUGGAGGGACACCUGGCUGGAUCGAUGAAGAUUACAGCACUUCCGCACGGCAUCACGACGAAAGCGCAUUGCGAAAGUUGGACCGGUGGUUGUCGAAAAGUCAAUCAGAGAGGAUGAGCGAGGUGAAAUAG